CCGCUCCUCCGGCUCCUGUUCCUGCUUUUUCAUCCGCUUUCCGCACUUGCUCCACUGCUGUAGAGCAUCGGAAGCUCAUCGCCGGUCUCACCCAACGGCUGCUUCUUGCCUAGCGCUCGCAGCAUUGCAGCUGCAACCCUACCUUCGAGGGACUGCCUAUCUGCCUCUUCCUGGUCUUCAAGUAUGUGCUGAACGAGACUAAGCCGCCAAUUCUUCCUCCUGGUGGCGAGGCUCCGGCCGCUCAAAUGUCCUUUUCGAUGCUUCCUCACCUUCAUGACCCUCCCGAGGUACACGUCCCAGCUGCACGGGACGAUCUCAUUCUCGAGGAUCACUCAGUAUCCCUAUCGCGCAGCGAAAGCCUCAACAGCGUAUGGAGCUCAGCCGAGGUACCCCUCUUCUUCGAUGGCAGCAAAGGGGGAGACGCUGUUGGGCUGCCAAGCUCAUCGCUGCCUUCCCAUGCAAGAUCCUCGACGGCUAGCUCGUCUGCAUCAUCUGCCGGGCCAAGCUGGGAGGCAAGACCUUCCAUAUCGCCCGCUGCUAUACCCCGGAGACGUGAAAGUCGCAGCGCUUCGUCCCACUUUGUGAACCCAUGGGCAACUAAUGUCAGGAGUAUCCCGAAUGGCCCAGAAUCUCCCAGGCUCAGCUUUGCCUCUUCGGCCUCCUCUGCAGCGGCGAGAGCUGCUGCUGCUGAGCUGACAACAGACGAGCACGGAGAUGCAGAUAGGCUCAUGAAACAGUCCAUGAUCAGAUACCCUACGGAGAAUAGUGUCACGAGCUCUCACCGUGAUUCCCAAGGAUCAGCUCGAGGCUUCAAGCUAAAGAAGCCCGCCACCUUGCAAGUCACGCCCAUCGCUUUCUCUACUCCCCUUCGACACACGCCUUCGGCUUCCACUCCUACGACGAAUCCUCUUUCUGCAGGGGACGUCUCUACGCUCGCGCCGUCUUCCUGUACAAGUCCCUCACAGUCACAAGACACAAUGAGUAUAGACCUCAGGACUCCCAUGACGGAAAAGAGCCUUCCGUCACGGCCUUCGCGCCAAUCUCAAGCAGUUGGCACUUCGGGCGGUGUUCAGAGGCCAGAAGUCCAGAGCAUUGACCGGCAGCAUGGCUCCCUCUACUCUCGCGCUGAGAAAUUCUUUGGGACAGAUUAUACGAUGCUCUCAGCGCCUGCAGGCGGGCAAGAGUAUUACAUUUCGACGGAUGAGAGGCGCGACCGGCUAGGAGAGCCGUCGGUACUAGGGACGAGCCAGGAGGCUGGGUCAUUAUCUGGAGAACGCACGAGAAAGACAGAAUUGCAAUAUGCCGGGCAGCAAGACUCUCCUUCGACUUUCCCAGUGGAGGACUGGAGGCCUGAUGUGGCGUCAGCAACGACGGAAGGGGGAGCACUUUCUCCUGCUGUCCCAUCGAGGCAAUACCAGGGCAGUCUUCCGUCUGUCCAGUAUUCUCCAAGUAGCGCAAGGCCUCCCUCACAAGCAAGAGGAUCUUCCGUUACAAGCCCUGCCAAGAAUCGCAAUUUAUACCCGCCUCGUGGCUCUUCUUUCGUUGGCCGCUCUGACACCGCAGUGGCGAGUGCGAUUCUCGAAAACGGCCGGCACUCAUCGCUGUCGACACAGACCUACGACUAUGGGAAAGCAUCGCCGCGCUCUCCGCUUCGUCCCAAGCAUUCGCCCCUGACCUUUGUCCACCAAGGCUCGCCCGAGUCGCCAAAGGCGAGUAGAGUCCUACCGAGAGAGGAUCAGUUUUUCAAGACAAGGCUACGAGCUCUCUCUGUCCCAAAGCUGCAAGCCUCUUGGCAUGCGCCAGAUGAGACUGUGACAGCUGCCAGAAAAGCGUCACUUUGUGUACCGGAAGGAGAACAGCUAGGACCGCGGGGCUCAUCGCGCGGCUCGAUCUCACCUGCUCUACGUCUACUGCAAUUGCGCAACGAUGCCAGAUCAGAGCUUCCCCAUGAUGAGGUCCCUACAUCGCCUUCAGCAUUGGGGCUGACCAGACAGUCGCAAGUCAGUCGCUUGGGCUCUGUCCUGUCCCGCUCCUCGUCGCAAAAAUCUCGCAAAGGAUCGGUGGCUAGCUUGUCACAGUCACAGGCAACUAGCAAGCGUCUUGUUCGGACUCCUUCUAAAUCCAAGACCAAAGGCGAUUGGUCUUCGUACCUCUCUGAGGGCCUCACGCUGUACGUAGAUCAGGGAGGCUCGAGAGAAGUGGCUUUGCGGAUGCCCUACCUCUCCUACGAUCCCUUUGGGCGUCUCGACUCACUAGCGACGGGUAACGGCGGCUCUCCCCCAACCAUCACCAAGAGAGGGUCUUCACGCCCCACCAGCGCGGGCAAGGGGGCUCAACCGGCUGAGGACGACGUGGGUUUGCUGGAAUUUGCACGCUCUGAGGUGUCUGGCCCACUUGGUGCUGCCUACUUUUCGCCCAUCGACACUGCCCCCAUCCUUCGUCAUCUAGGUAUUGGCGAGGAUACCAAGGCAGACCUACUGACAAGACAAGCAGCUCUCUCUGUAGAGGUGAAUGGCUUGCAUCAGGUGUCUGGCCUUGAACGCAGUGGUAAAGUAGGAUGGCGCUUCAGCUAUGAGAUCAGCUCCAUCUACCGUGGUGAAGAUGUCCCGGAGAGGGUCUUGCGACCCGUCUCUUUCGUCUGCUCGGCUACACUUCUCGAUCCUGAGCGUGCUCGAAAAGGCCGCUUCCUGAAGAUGGUGAAGAAGGGUGUCGCAACGAACAUCUCUUCCAAUCUAGUGCAAGGACCUGAAGGAUCAGAACGGCAUCCGAGUAUGCCGGGUACUCCUGUAGGAUCAGGCAGGGGCAGCCUGCGUAAAGACUCCCUGUCCGUGCCAGACGGCUCCAUCCUUUCCGACUACAGGGGAUCCGACCGGCAGUCAGAAAGCGUAGACUACGGCCGCGAUGAAGUCUCCUUCACUCGAGGUCACGAGUAUCGCUUGGCCUCCCUCCCCUCGCCACUACCUUCACCCGGGCGACACUUGGAACCUACUCGCACUCCAAUUCCGCACAAUUUCCGCGCAGGAGUCCAUCCCUUCCAGUUCAAAUCGUCACGCAAAGUCAUCACGCCUCCGCGAACCUCCUCGGCAGCAAUGUCGCCCUCUUCCUCCCGGGAAAACGAUCUCAACGACGCUCUCCUGUACCUUUCCCUCGAACCCCACACGGCAUCUCUGGUGAGGUCGUUGGAUUCGGACGAGGCGAUUGCGCCACGUGUGCAAGGGCGUGGCUCGCAGACGGCCUCUGAAGAAAUCAAAAUGGCCUACCUGCGAUCUUCUUUGCAGCGAGAAGAAGCAGCAGCUGCAGCUGCCGCCGCAGCCGCGAUCAACAUGUCUAGCUCCCCGGGGCGCAAGAAUGAACUCGGUAGCAGUCCGGGCCACCUCAAUGGCAAUGGCAGUGGCAGCGGCAGUGGCAGUAGUAGUGCCCCCGGCAGCGGUACCUGGCCACGCUUCAGAAGCCGUCGAGGGGAACCGCCCAGCUCUCCCUCUUCAACGCGUGGCAGUCCUUUGCAUCAGCACUUUGAAGCCAGGGAGACCAAUACCACCAGCGCAGCGAUACGGCAGAGCCAUAUGGGCGCUUCUUCUCCCACUUUUGGACCUGGCAAAGCGCAGGCUGCCAGCGCAAGUGCGAGCGCGAGUGCGAGUGCGAGUCGAAAUGCUCUAAGGAAGGCUCUUUCGACAAAAGCUCUUCCAAGGACUCCUGGUGAAGAGAGGAGCUCCGGGUACGGGUCCGGCUUAUUGGAUGAGGAUUCGCCCGGAUCCAUCAGCAGUGGUCUUCCCCUUGAUGGACCACGGCGCCCAAGUCACGCAAGGGAUGCUGGACUGCCGCAGAAUAGAGAGAAGAGGAAUGGCAGUACAGUGUCGACGAUGGAUAUAGGGCUCGUCUAGCGACGGCACGAGGAGGACAUCGUCCAUCCAUCCGUCCUUUCGUCUAUCCGUCGAUUGCUUGCUGCUCGCUUUGGGCCACGCUCUGAUACAUUGGCAGUCACAGCCAGCCAGCCAGUCAGUCCGUCAGUCAGAGCGCAUCUUUAUUUCCCUGUUGGUCUCUUCUCUUCAACUUCUCGUCUGUCUCUCUGCCUGCUUAGAUCCUGUUGUAGUAUGUAUACAUGCCCGCCGGCCCUCCUCUGCCCCCCCCCCCCCACCCCCCCCCCCCCCCCCCCCCCCCCCC